AUGCCUUCUUAUCUAGUAACAGGAGCAUCGCGCGGUCUUGGCUUUGGCUUUGUCCAAGUACUCGCCAGCAACCCCGACAACACCGUUAUCGGGCUAGUCCGCAACAAAGCGGCCACUGAGGAAAAGAUUGCUCAAGAACUCGGUUCUCCAAAGAACGUCCAUGUUCUUGAGGCUGACAUUACUGGCUACAAUGCACUAAAGGAUGCUGUCGAGGCUGUCUCGGAAAUUGCUGAAGGCUCUCUUGACUACGUCAUUGCAAAUGCAGGCCUCAUCGCAUUGUGGUCUCAAUGGGAUGCGGUUGAUGUGCUAGCCAAAAACCCGGAACGUCUUGUCAAGGAUCUCCAAGACUCAUUUGAGGUCAACGUGAUUGGAAACUUCCAUCUCUUCAAUCUCUUCACACCACUCGUUCUCAAAGGGCAGGGCAAGAAGGUCAUUGCCAUUUCGUCCGGCAUGUCCGACAUCGAUUUCAUCCGUCAAUUUGACAUCGAGCCAGCUCCUGCAUACGCCAUCAGCAAAGCAGGCACGAGCGUUCUCACCGCCAAGUUCGCCGCCCGCUACGCCAAAGAAGGAGUUCUAUUCAUGAGUAUCUGUCCUGGAAGCGUCGAUAGCGGUUUUGAAGGAGAGUUGACCGAAGAACAGAAACAAAAGGUGGCCAAGCUCGGAAGUAAAUUUGUCAAUUAUGCUCCGAACUUCACGGGUCCGAGCACACCAGUAGACUCGACCAAAGCUGUCUUGAAAGUCAUGAAUGAAGCCUCUUUGGAGAAAGGCAGCAGUGGGGCCCUUGUCUCGAAGUUCGGUAAUAAGCAGUGGAUGUAG